AUGUCGCAGCCGAGCGUCCGUGACUACGUCAUGAACGAGAACGACCUCCGCACCUGCGAGGUCGCCCGAUGCCUCCUGUCGCGCGGCGGCCUCUCUGACGGGGCUGAGGAAGCGCUUCACCGCAUCAUCAACCUGGUCGAGGGCGACGGCUUCUUCCACCUCAACCUCGGCAACCUCGAGCUCGGCGACGACAACCUCUGGCCCAUCAUGGAGUGCCUCAAGCAAAGCCCGCAGAUGGCCCGCAAGGUCAUGCUCGAGGGGAACAACAUCUCGUCGAAGGGCGCGCUCCAGAUCGCGGAGAUGCUCCGCCACAACCGGAACAUCAUCGUGCUCGUGCUCCAGUGCAACAUCAUCGGCGACGAGGGCGCCGUAGCCAUUGCCGAUGCCUGCCGCAAGAACCACGUGAUCGAGGUGCUGGGCCUGCACACCAACUUCCUGACGGACGUGGGCGCGUGCGCGCUGGGCAAGAUGCUGGGCGUGAACCGCUCCCUGCGCGUGCUGUCGAUCUGGAACAACGCGAUCACCGACGUCGGCGCGCGCGACAUCGCCGAGGGCCUGAAGACGAACUACCACCUGGAGGGCAUCGCGGCGGGGUUCAACUGCAUCACCGAGGACGGCGCCAAGUUCCUCGCCGAGGCGCUCGAGAAGAACAAGAAGCUCCGGCACAUGUGGCUCAACUCCAACCCCAUCAGCGAGAACGGCGCGCAGGCGCUGUCGGACGCGCUCAAGGACAACACCACCAUCCAGCAGGUCCGCCUGACGGCCAACGGGUUCGAGACCUACUCCGGGAUGGUCCGCCCGACCAUGGGCGGCGGGUUCCCGCUCAUCGGCACCGCGGCGCCGCACCGGCGCUCGUGCGACUACAUCCGCGGCAAGGCGUACGACCCGGAGACCAAGCCCGCCGCGCCCGAGGCCGGCGAGGAGGGCCACGCCAAGCCGAGGGUGCGGCACUCGCUGCCCGCGCGUCCCGCGUCGGCCGCGGCGUCGGUGCGCGCCAGCAUGGAGAAGAAGAGCGACUUUUUCAAGAUGUUCUCCGGGAAGAAGAAGCGCGAGGGGCGGCGCACGCGCGAGAGCGCCGAGACGGUGCGCAUGUCCGACAACGGCAUCGUGCCCCCGGCGCCCCCCGCGGCCCGCUCGAGCAUCGGCGCGCGCCCGGGCCUGACGACACUCAAGGAGGAGAGCAGCGAGCACGCUGCCAAGCACGCGCCCGCGCCGGCCGCGCCGGCCGCGGACCCGUCCACGCUCAAGGUCGAGGACAUCGUCAUCAGCGAGGACGCCGACGCGGACGAGUCGGACCCGGAGCUCCGCAAGAUCAAGGACGAGUGCGAGCUCCUGCGCGACGACACGCAGAACGCGCUCUCCGUGGGCGGGCGCGGCGACCACUGGGGCCCGACCGUCAAGCGCUCGUCCUCGAACCGCAUGACGAUGGAGGUCCAGCGCGUGACGGGCCCGGUGGGCGCCAUGGCCGCGCAGCCCUCGGCCAAGUAUGCCGACGCGGCCAACGGCAAGGCGACGUCGAUCGACGACCCGUUCGCGCGCUCGACGAAGUUCCGCAUGUCGCUGGACUGCCGCGACACCAUCGGGACGCGCUCGAUGGAGCUGAUCCGGUCGUUCGAGUUCCCCGACGCCCGCGUCAAGGUCGACCUGGGUGGCCAGCCGCCCAAGGCUGUCAACUGA